AUGUUAAAAAAGCGUAAACGCCGCAAGGUCAAUCGGCGUCACACAGAGCCUGGUCUUGGGGCUAAUGAGAGUGCUUCUCCUGGCGGCGGUGGUAGUAGUGGUAGUGGAGUCGGUGGUACUCCAACUGGAGCUACGGGCAGUGGUGGAGGAGGCGGGGCCAAUAGUAACAGUGGUACUGCUGCUGGUGGUGGAUUUGGAAGUGGAGGAUUCGGUGGUGUCGUAAGUUCAGGAGUCGAUGGAAUUACCUCAGGCUCAAAUUUAAGGACUGUAGGUUCCCAUGCUGCUGUAGGCGUUGAUGAUGUUCCUUUACCUGUGCCCACUUCAUGUGAAGCCUCAGCUUCUUCUGGGGUCUGUCCUGGUGGUAUUGGCGUUGCGCCCUGUAAAGACAGUGUCAGGUCUGACUGGAUUACUACUUUCUCUGGGGCGGAUAGCAAGAAUCAAGUCAUAGAGACUGUUUCAAAUGUGAACACCAAUAUUCUUCCCACUUCCUAUCUUGCACCCUUCUCCACCACUGUGUCACCGCCCUCCUCAGCCACCUCCAUCUCUUCAUCCUCCUCUUCGUCCUCUCCCUCUGACGCCCCGAACUCCAGUCACUGUCCAGCAUCUCCUUUCGAUACUGGAGCUCUUUCUUUAUCUUCACCACAGCAGGCUACUUGGAUUCCGCGUCUUGAGAAUCCUACAGCAGUUGAUGUGGAUAACGGUGAUGCCGAUGUGGAUGAUGACGACGAUUCUCGUGAAACAGAAUCAGCUGAGCGAUCAAUUUCUUCUAGACUCCUAGCACCCUUAGCUUCUUCACCAAGACCGAAUCCACUACCACUUCGUGUUUCCACAUCUGGUCGAGAGAUAGGACCAAUACUGCCACAAAGAGCCAGAUCAAAGAUAUCUGGAAUAUCAUCCCCUCAAUCUUGCAACAUUACAGAGACCACUCCACAAUUAACAACAAUGCCCAGCCCAGAUUUGGCCGUUCAGCUAACUGGACAUGGAGAAACAUUUGAUGACAUUGAUGCAAUAAUGUAA